UUGCGCCCAGUUGGUCACCCAGAUCGGUCUAUGUCAUUAAAUAACCUCGUGAAUCAACACUCCUCCCGCUUUGAGCACCGAGGCAAGGACGAAGACUUGAAUCAGGCUAUCGCACUUCAGAGGGAAGCACUGGCUUUAUGCCCGGUCGGUCACACAGAUUGGUCGUCGUCAUUAAACAACCUCACGACUCAACUCUCCUCGCGCUUUGACCAUUGA